UGUUAAGAAAGGAGCGUUGAGGUAACAGCUGCCCUGCCUGCAGGAGAUUGGUGGGACUCCGCUGACGUCCUCUGAAUCACCCUCAAGGAGAAAAAACGAAUUUCGACGAAAACAAGAAGGGCGCCUUGAAUCCACGCGGGUUGCUUUCGUGGAAAUGUGUUUUGACGUUUUGCUUACUGCAUCCAUCGUUCAGAUAGGCGUGCGUGUUAUGAUAUUCUCGAUGCAUCAUCUUCCCAUCAUCCAUGUUUCUGGACAUACGGCUAUAACAAUAACAACAACACAGUGAAGGUGAUGAAGCUAGUGGUGAAAUGGUCAGAACCGAGAGACUAUUUGAGAAGAUAUGCAUGCACUUAAUGUGUGAAGGGCAAGGAGGAGACACAUCCGGUUGGGUAAUGUGGCGUUGAUCAUGCGCCCAGGUUGCCGCGCUGGAGGAACCGAGACGCGGCGGAUCGGGUGACUUACCCGCAGGGGAAGCCCCGGUCGUGGGCCGUCACAUUCUAAAUCUCUCCCCGGCCAUCCUCGGGGCCUCCCCCCCCCCGGUUAGAGGAACGGUGCAAAGAUGCAAGAGACGACGGUUGAUGCAGAAGAGCCCCUUCUGAACGGUUCUGGGAGGGAAGAGCAGCAUCCAGUGAAGCAGUCCUUAGCUGCCUCUUUGUGUCGAGAGUCUCACUGGAAGUGUCUUCUCAUCACUUUGCUCAUGUUCGGCUGUUUCGGCACACUGGCCUGGUGCAACCUCUGCAAAGUUCCAGUUCUAGCUCCAACAGAGCCAGAGGCUGCAGUUGUUGAGCCUGGAGACCCCUCUACAACCUUAGCUAGUGCCAGUGUCUACAUCCCUGAAGAACAGGAACUUGAGAGUCCCUGUUCCAGUGGCUACAUUUAUAUUCCUCUUGCUUUUCUGGCCAUGCUGUACGUGGUUUAUCUGGUGGAAUGUUGGCACUGUUACUCCAAGACAGCCAUGUUGGCUCAAGCAGAGAUUGUGGAAGUGUACGAGCGUGUUCAGAGGCUGCAGCAGGCUACACCCUGCAUCUGGUGGAAAGCCAUCAGUUACCACUAUGUGCGACGGACAAGACAGGUGACACGCUACCGCAAUGGGGAUGCCUAUACUACCACACAAGUGUAUCAUGAACGUGUAAACACACAUGCAGCAGGUUCAGAGUUUGAUUAUGCACGGUAUGGUGUUAAAGAUGUAUCAAAGGAGCUAAGGGGCCUAAUUGAUCACCCGGCUGUACGGCUACGCUUCACAAAAUGCUUUAGUUUUUCUUGUGCUCGGGCGGAGGCUGCGUACCUCACUCAGCGUGCACGAUUUUUUGGUGAAAAUGAGGGACUGGAUGACUACAUGGAGGCACGAGAGGGAAUGCAUUUAAAGAAUGUGGACUUCCGUGAGCACAUUCUAGCCUUCCCUGACCCUGACAGACAGCCCUGGUAUGCCAGGUGCAAAGUUUUUUGGCUGGCCUCAGCCCUACUCCUUUCCUGGCCACUUCGGGUUGUUGCAGAGUAUCGCACUGCAUAUGUGCACUACCACGUAGAAAAACUGUUUGGUGAUGUUGAUGAUAAUAGUAGGGGGGACAUAACUGAGAAUGGUGGGGGCACCGAAAAUGGAAAUGGACCUGGAAAUGGAGGCGGCAUUGGAUCAAGCUAUCGUGCCAUUUCUCGUGUUAAUACAGUGGACAUGACAGAGCUGGAGUGGCACAUUCGCUGCAACCAGCAAAUGGUGCCCAGCUACUCUGAGGCUUUGUUGAUGGAUCCUGGUUCAGGUGCCAACCAGGGGACCAACACUCCUCCAGCCAGACAAGGGACUAACUUAACAGGGGCUGGCCCAACCCUUCCAGUGGCCUUUGCCUCAGCUUACUUGCUCCAGAGCUGUCCUCGCUGCCACCACACAACAAGCAGUGCCUCCCUGCCCUCCAGGCUAAGAGGCCCAACAGCAGCCCUGCUGAGUGGAACGAUGGCUGGGAUGAGAGCUAGCAGGUCAGGAGGUCGUUCUGGAGGCCCAGGGAGGCUGGUUCUGAGCAGGAGUGGCUUCUCAUUGGGGCGUCCUCAGGCUCCUCGCCCUUCCUCCCUCUUCCAUUCCCGCAGUGUUGGUGGAGGACUAGCAGCAAGAGGAGAAGAGGGAAGUGGGGGAGGUUACUUCCUAGGUUUGGGGUCUAGACAGGUUGAAGAAAGCAGAAGAGUGCUUGAGGGAGAAGGUGAUGAGGAGGUUGGAAAUGAGGUGGAAAGAGAGGAAGAGGGUGAGAGGGAAGGGGAGGGAAGAGAGCAACCGGAGGAGGUAGAAGAAGAGGAAGCAAGGGAAGGAGACAGACCUCCUACAUAUCAAGAUGCAUUCUUCUUUCCAGUGUUGAUUGUGCAUGGUGAGGAGAGUUGCCAUUUAGGUGAAGCCAUUUCCUGAAAAAUAGGUAGAGGAUGGAAUUUUCUAAUCUAGAGAACAAAAAAGUUAUGUUAAUAUAAACUUGUAAAAUCUAUGCAAUAAAGAAAUAGCAAGGAAUUGUUUGUAAAAUAUAAGGACAUACACAAUAAAAGAAGCAAGAACUUUCAAUAUACCUUGAUCCCUCUGGUCAAAAAAUGGAAAGGACCACGGGGCAUGGAACUGUGAAAGACAAGUCCAUAGGCACGUCUUCCAAAGAUGACGAAGGACAACAGAACAGUUCAUCAACAGGGAUGUACACAAAGGAAUGUUAUUAAACUAUACAUAGCCAACAUAUAACUGUGUACCACAAGUAAAAAAAAAAAAAAAUGUUUUGUUUUACUGACAAAACCAAAAGUGCAACCUCAUUAAACUUCCACAAAAUAUACUGGGAUUCAAGUGCUAGAGGAAUUUCACCAUAAAUAUUUGUUUAAUAGAUCGAUUUUCUUCCUGCAAGAUCAGAAGCCCAAGCCCCAAUAAUAUGGAAAAUUUGUUUAACUUAUCUGAAACAUAGUUAAUGUAUGUGGAGAUCCUCCGCUAACACUACAAUGCUAAUUCUUGUUCAUUGUGAAGUGCACUUUGUGUUGACAGUAUGUAUUUUAUAUGUAUUGUUUGUUAGUCAAUAACACUUUAUUUGUACAACAGCAUAUCACCAGUUUUGUCUCAUGAAAAGCUUGACAGUGAAGAGCACCUCACAAACAUAAAAAAUACAGCAUGUUGCCCUCCAUCAAAGCCUUUGUGCUCAUCUUUGAUUGGCUCAAUUGUCACAAGUAGGCCAAUCACUGUCAAUACUGAUCAGUGUGCCAAGAUACAUCCAUCUCCUGGUAACUGUGAAUAUGAGUGGAUCCUUGUGAGACACAUCUUAGUAGUGAUCUCAUUGCAAUAUACACAUUUGAAUGUGUUGAAUAAUUGAGAAAUGUAUGCAGCUUAAAUCGUUCUACUUGUGUUAUGCUGUCAAGCUUCUAAUAUAUUCUUCAAGCACACAAACUGAUAUACCGACAAAAACACACAUUGACAGAUGUAUAUUUAAAGCCAGAAUACAUACGCUUGGUCCUAAUAUAAGCUUAAAGCAUGGAGUCAUGGUCUCUCAGUUAUCCUUAAGCAGGGCAUAUAAAUGUUGCACAUGUCCUGCAAAUUAUUUAAAUACACCUUUAAGAAAAAGCAAACUUUCAUGCAAUACUGUCGACAUGUUCUAUCUAAACCAUGAGAAUGUAAACUGUGUCAUCAGUAUUUGACUGUGCAGUGUGUUUAAUCUAUUCACCUGUUUUUAAUAGCUAGAUGGAGGAAAUAUAGACUCUCAGAAUACUUGAAUUUCAGAAUUAACAGGCACUUACCAUGAAUGGGGUAAACAAUGGAAUGAGAUUCCAGCUGAUGUUAUUUCUUCUGUCACAAUUUUAAAGAAUGCUACACUUUUUUGUAAUAGGGGAAAACUCAUGCAGAAACAGACUUGCACUCAAAUUGUGGGACACAGUGUAAUCUGUAUUAUUUUUUUUUUUUUUUUUUUAACAUAUCUAAUAGUUUUCCAAGAGAAAAAAAGAGAUUUGUGCUUUAAUUCUUUAAAGUUGUCAGAUACCAAAAUAUACCAUAUUCAUGGAAUGUGCCAACAACAGAAUUUCUAGAAUUUAAAACACUUGGCUUAGAAUUCCAGAGCCUCUGAUAGAUGCAUGAAUUGUCUUCUAGAACUCCUCUAGGUGGAAGUUUUUUCAAACUAUAGAUUUAGCCAACUCAAUUGCUUUGUGCAGGGUGCAAAAGAUUCAGACUGUCUUGAGAUUAGCAUAUGUGUUUUCAAGGGAAUGCAGAUUUGUAUACAGGUUUAUCAAAUAAGCUUUUGAGAAUUAAAUCAAGCAAGAACACUAUAAUUUUUACUUUUAAUUUUAACAUUUUAAAGCAGUUUAAAUGUAGCAUAAAAAAAACAGAAGCAAUAUUUUCCUUAUUGUGACAAUGCCCUGAAUAUUAUCGUUUAACACUAGGAAUAGACUAGUUCAUCAUUAUGGUUAUGGAACAUUAUGUUUUGUUUGUUCAGCUGAAAUACAGGGACUUUUUUUUAAAUGAUUGGGUUGCAAGCCAAAAAAUAUUGCUUCGAUGCCUCAAAUUGGUUUGUCUGAAUUAUGUUUCACACUAGUAAAGAAAAAAGUGGUUUGGCCUUGUGAAAGCAGAUAUGCCAGUGUAAGUGUGUUGGGGACCAGGUCGGUAUAAUGAUUGUCACUGUCAAUGUCGCUGAUGAUCAUGAUAAAGGUACUACUUCUGCUGAUGGUACAUAAUAAACUACUUGAUUUAAUGUCUUAUUUGUGUUUUGCUUACAGUAAUCCUGCCAACAAUGAUCACUCUUAAACCCUUACUCUUAUGUGUGUGUGUGUGUGUGUGUGUGUGUGUGUGCGCAUGUGUCAGUUUUGGGUGUAAUCCAAUUACAAAUUAAUUAGUUACUGUUAUCUAAUUACUUUUUUGUAAAAAAUCAAUUUAAAAAAACUUGUAAUCAGAUUACAAUUAAUGACUUUCAAUUAAUUUAAUUACUUUUACUUUUUAAGUAUAUUAUAGGGUUAUGCUUAUUUCUAAUGUAUUAUUGAUGUAUAUAUAAUACAUGAAUUAUGGCCCUGAAACGAGUCAUUGUGA